AUGAUGCAUCUCUCUAUUGAGGUUUAUGGGGAGGAGCGUUUCAACAAAACAUACGAUCCAUGCGCGGAAAACGUCACAAGUCUUUGCCCACUCGAGGCCGGAAAGCCUAUUGAAGCAUACAUUACUACUUCGAUUUCAGCUGGUGACAUUGCUGGCAUUCCCUCAAUCGCACUGAAUAUUCCUGAUCUCGAAGGUUUCUCUCGUCUACGGAUCUUUGCCAACUCAACACAAACCGAAGUCGGGUGCCUCCAGGCGACCAUGAGUAACGGCAGGACCUUUUCACAGCCACAAAUUGUUGGAACGAUUCUCGGAGUUUUCACCGUAUUUGCAGUUCUAGCCUCAUUUGCAACUGCUAUCUAUGGAGUACAAAUUCCGCAUAUGAGAAUGCACUAUGCCCACUCGUUUUCGAUCUUGAUCAUUUUCGAGACCUUCCAGUCCAUCUUUUUCACAGGGGCGCUGUCUGUCAACUGGCCCGCUUUGCUCCCUGCUUGGUGGAGUAACUUUGCUUGGACUGCUGGCAUGUUUGCGAGCAACAACAUGAUCGAGGCUAUCAGUCCCUUUGCUGGUGUCACAGGCAAUGCAAGCCAGGUUGGUUCCGCAGGAUCGGUCCCUAUCAACAACGGAGGUGGACUGGCGCAACAGAUUUUCGGCAGAAGUCUCAAGAGUAGGGCAGCUGUUCAGCAAGACGGUAUCCUCCAGGCUCUUGCCCGCCGAAACGACUUCAACUCAAGCAAUCCAUAUGACUACAGUUGGGCUGGAGGACCCCGAAAUCCGGGAAUGCCACUGCCAGGUGACUACUCUGGCUUUCCGGGAGUGUUAUCCGUACUCGGCAUCCCUCGCAACGACGCAUUCAUUAUCGGCCUUAUUUGGUUUCUCGUCGCCUUGGCAGCUGUUGUUCUGUUUCUAGCGUUUUCCAAGCUCACAUUGGAAGUAUGUGCCAAGUGCAAACUGACAAAAUCGGAUGGCUUCGAUUACUUCCGCUCCCACUGGCUUGGAUAUAUGGUCGCUGGCUUGCUCCGAACACUCUUCAUUGCGUUUUUCGUCAUGACAACUCUCGCAAUGUUCCAAUUCUCGAUCAAAGCACCAUCAGGGCCGACUGCAAUCGCCGCCAUCAUCUUUAUCAUGUUCAUGGGAUUUGCCGGACUUACAGCCUAUGCUUGUUCCGCAAGAUUGCGUGAAGGCAAAUAUGAGGUGGUGUCUGACACUCUUCGCUUCGAGCAAGGCAAGAUCUUGAAGAAGGUCCCAUUUGUUGCGACAACCCUCGAAAGUUCGAUUGGCGAGGAAGAACAAGCACACAAGCCACGUCUGUUUGCCAGUUUUCCCAUCCGAAGAAUCAGGUUUGUUGACAAAGACCCCGAAAGACCCAAAGUUCACCAAGAUGAACCAUACAUCAAACGCUUCGGGUGGCUCUCGGCUCGGUACCGAACCGCUCGCUGGUGGUUUUUCACAGUGUACCUGGCGUAUCAGUUUGUGCGCGCAUGUUUUAUUGGCGGUGGUCGUGCAAGCCCUCUGGCCCAAGUCUACGGUCUCUUCAUAUUUGAGAUCAUUGCCCUGACCAUUAUCAUCAAACUUAAACCCUUUGAAGGGUCCCGUAACACAACGGCGGCUAUCUGGCUACUGUCGAUCUCCAAGAUCGUUACCACUGGCCUUUCCAUCGCGUUCUUGAGAACUUUGGACCUGAGCCGCGUUGCAGCUACAGCUAUUGGCAUGAUCAUCCUGGUGGUCCAGUGCUUCCUUGCUGCGGCUAUCUUGGUUCUCAUAGUGCUUGGCAUGAUGUCUACAUGGAUGUCCUUAUCUCGCAACCGUGAGGAGUUCCCCGAGAAGAUCGACGAUAUUCGCGUCCGAUAUUUCGAGCACAUGGAAGAUAGAGCAGGCACCUCCAAGCCCAAGGAAGAUGAAGUGGAUGAACUUGCAGAGCUGUCCCAGUCCAUCUUCAGCGUGAGCAAUGUGCGGCGUAACACUCAACACAAUGCUCUCCCAACAGUGCAAAGCACAAGAUCACAAGUUCCGUCUCAUCCGGCACACCCACUCAACAGACCGCGCCGAGCAAACAGUGCUGGUUCUCGUCACUCGGUCAAUAGUCUACCUCGGAGUGGGCGCACUCACCGUGCUUCAUGGAGUGCAAAGGACUUUGCAGAGUGGGAUGCUGAUAUGAAUAGAGGCGACACCUCCCGAAUCAGCCGCAUGCGAAGCAGUUCCAUGCGCAUGCAAGCAUCAAAGUACUCUGUGAGUCGGCCACCAAUGACACCGACUCGAGAAUCUGCAGAGUUCCCUCGCAUGAGUGUGAGCACUGUAGACAAAGAUGUGAUUGUCCAAGACAAAAUCGAGGAGAAUGUAACCACUCCAAAGAGAAGGAAGAGAACCGUAAGCUGGGCAGACCAAAGCUCUAUAUGCGAAGAGCCCUCCGAAGAGCCCCCCAAAAACGAGGCGAAGAACGACAAGCCCUUGGAAAAGAUUGACUCGACAGGUGGUCGAGAUGAAGCGAGCACACCAAAACCCGAACAAUAA